AUUUGGUGGACUGCCGAAUCUGAGACUGCUGGAUCUACGACAAGGGUACGGCCUGGACGAUGACACGAUAAUCGCCGUGAGCACUGGGUGCCCCGCUUUGCAGCAACUCAUUCUCAGAGAAGCUGAGCAACUGUCCAAUGCGGCUUUCUCUCAGAUCUACCGCCUGGAACAUCUUGAAAUACUGGACGUGUGAUAUUGCACAGGGCUCGGUGGAGCCCUGAUUCCCUACCUUGCCAGGCUGCCACGACUUCACAAAUUGGUCAUGGAGGAAAUAGAGUUUCCCAAUUUGCAGCCAGGUCUGAGCAGUAUCCUCCAGUUGCCGGGUAUCCAAUGCCUGAUACUCAACUUUUCCAACAUUACAGGAGUGCCCUUUGAUAAGUUUCCAGGAAGGCUUGUCAGUCUCAGGGAGCUGAGAAUCCAGUGGUGUAGAGGUGACCCUAAUGUCACAAAUCUGCUGACUGAGCAGAUGCCUAGCCUUGAAAUCCACAGCAGCUUUGAAGAGGAGAUACCAGCUUACAACACAGAGGGUCAGGAGAGUGACGCACAAGUCGCAGAGGAAGAAGAUGAAGAGAAUGCAGGGCCUGGCGAUGCAGAUGAAUCGCAGGAUGGCAGUUGGGAGAAUGACAAAGAUAGUAACGAUGAUAGCAGCAGUAGCAGUGACAGUGAAAGUAAUAACAUUAUUUGGGAUGAAAGUAGUAUAUCUGUUCUCUUUUUAGAGGAUAUAUAAAAGUGGUGUGAUUUUUACACAGUACUGAUUGUAUUUCAUCUGGAGCAGUAUAACUGGAUCAAAUUAACUGCCAUUAUUGGAUUGAGCAUAGCAUCAUAAUGGACAGCUAAAUGCUGUCAGACUAAAACUAGUGGCCUUUGUAACAUUAUCAUUAAAUUGACUUUACCGAGCGAGGUGGCGCAGUGGUUAGCACACUGGACUCGCAUUCGGGAGGACGACGGUUCAAUCCCAUCU